AGAGAGAGAGAGAGAUAGAGAGAGAGAUAGAGAGAGAUAGAGGGGGAGAGAGAGAGAGGGGGAGAGAGAGAGAGAGAGAGAGAGGCAGGCAGCGUUUUCUUGGGAUUAAAUCGCUUCACCGUGCCUCAUUCAUGCCCAUUCUGCCGGCGUAGAAGUUCGAGCGCUUUAAAAGCCCGAAACUAAACAGGCUGCGAGCUGCUGCCCUCGCUUGAAGGUUGCUUCUCCUUUUUUUUUUUUCCUUUUUUUUUCGGAUACUUUUUUAUUUCGGGUUUGUGAUGUUGGCAUGCAAUCAUGUACGUUAUGUUGGCCAUCCGCUCGUAGCAGUCCUGUAGACAGACCAGUCCGCGGCGAUCCUGGAUAGCAGCCGUCCCCCCGUUUUGCGUACCGGGCGCAGGAGCAGGCUGGAUGAAGGCGUUCUGAGCAGCAUGUUGCAGUGCGUCGUUCGCGCGGCUCCGCUGUUGUAGAUGCGACGAAGCCGCCUUGACUCGAAUGCUGCGCCGCCGCCGCCGCUGCUGCUCCUCCGCUGGCUGUGCACGCGUCGCACGGCCAUUUAACACACAUUGAUGGUGCACGACGAUCCUAGAAGUAUCUGUAGCACUCGGAUACAAUAAGACUAAAAAAAAAAAACAUAUAGAUUUUCAAAUUGUCGUAUGUUCAGGACGAAACGCUCAGGUCUUGUGCGGCGACUCUGGAGAAGCCGUUUGAUUCCAGAUAAAGACGGGGAAGAUGGAAAUGGCACAACUGGCGAGGGCUGUAGGGACGAUGUGUUCGGCAACAACCCAGAGAAAAUUCCCAAAACGGAGUUUAGACCGAUGACCCCCAGCGGGUCGCCUGUGGUGGGGGACACGGGGGGCGUGUGUACCCGGAGCCCCGCGGAGAGCGGCGGGUCGGGGGUUACUUCGGACCAAGAUGGGGGGGCGGUGUGUGUGCACCGGGAGCAGGGCAGCCCUCGCUCCCUGCAGGACAGCGAAUGCAGGACGGUGACGUGCUGUUUGUUCAAAGACCGGGACCACUCGCAAGUCCGGGGCCCGGAUCCGGCUCAGGGUCGGGAACCAGGGUCGUGCCACUUUGUGCUGAGGAGCCUCGGACCUCGGGACAGCGACUCCUCCGAGACGCAGGAGCCGAUGCCCCGCACGGUGCUGGAGCAAGAACUGAAAUCAGCCACCUAUUCUCUUUUAAAGAGGCUAAAGGAAAAAACCUUGGAUACCUUAUUGGAAGCAGUGGAGUCCAGAGGAGGGAUGCCCAGCGACUGUGUCAUGGUGUCCCGGACGGAGCUGAGGUUGGGGGGUCACAUGGCAUCUCCACAGCUGCUGGUGUGUAAACUGUACCGCUGGUCUGACCUCCAGUGUUCAGCCCAGCUUAAACCACUCUGUGAGUGUAAGAGCUUUGGGGCCCUGGACGGUCCGACAGUAUGCUGCAACCCCUAUCACUAUAGUCGGCUCUGUGGGCCAGAGUCACCCCCGCCCCCUUACUCGAGACUCUCCCCUAGCGAGGAACACAAGCCACUGGAUCUGUCAGACUCCACGUUGUCUUACACUGAAACGGAGGCAGCCGGUUCACCAAACACCACGCCGGGGGAAUUCUCAGAUGCCAGUCUGUCGCCCGACGCCCCCAAACAGAGCCACUGGUGUAACGUGGCGUACUGGGAGCACCGCACGCGUGUGGGCCGCCUCUACACAGUGUACGAGCACGCUGUCAGCAUCUUCUACGAUCUACCUCAGGGCACGGGCUUCUGCCUGGGCCAGCUCCACCUGGAGCACCGCAGCAGCACCGUACAGCGGACGCGGGGCAAAAUCGGCUACGGCAUCCUCCUGAGCAAAGAGCCCGACGGCGUGUGGGCGUACAACCGCAGCGAGCAUCCCAUUUUCGUCAACUCGCCCACCCUGGACGUGCCCAGCAGCAGGACCCUGGUGGUGCGCAAGGUGAUGCCGGGCUACUCCGUCAAGGUGUUCGACUACGACCGUUCGUGCCUGCUGAGGCACACCACCGCCGAGGCCGACUUCCUGGACGGGCCCUACGACCCCAACAGCGUGCGCAUCAGCUUUGCUAAAGGCUGGGGCCCCUGCUACUCGAGACAGUUCAUCACCUCCUGCCCCUGCUGGCUGGAGAUCCUACUCAACAACCACAGAUAACACAGAUGGACCCCCCCCCCCCCCGCCCACAAACUAUCCCAAAUAUCAUCUACCUAGAUUUAAUAUAAAGUUUUAUAUAUUAUAUAAAAUAUAUAUUAUACUUGUAAAUAAGGAGUCAUUUUUACAAUGUAAUUAUUUAUGUAUGGUGCAAUGUGUAUAUGGACAAGAGGAAAAAAAUGGAAAAUGCACUUUGGCUUAUAUAUAUAUAUAUAUAUGUAUGUAUGUAUGUAUAUAUAUAUAUAUAAGAAUAAAAAAAUCUUUCAAUACCAAUUUGAGAAAUAUACAGCAAAAUUAGGAAGAGCCUGGAUUUGGUGUAUAGUUUUCAUAUGCUAUUAAUAUCCAGACAAAAAGCUAACACCUUUCACACAUUGAUAAUAAAG